GAAGGACCUCCAGUCACAGCAGCAGGCAGACCCUCCCAGCACUGAGGAAGGAAGCGGAAAUAAACGUCGUGAACCUUAUGCUAGUAGCUACGUUUAGGCUCCUAGGACGGGGUGUAAGCGACAUCAGACGCACAUCGUUUGUUGUCUCUUAAGAGGAAACAGUGAGUGGAUAAUUACCAGAUAGGAUAUUUGUUUGUGACGGUGGCAGCAUAGAAACGGAAUAUCUCGAGUGGUACCUUACUGUAACCUUUAUGUGAGGUCUAAGCCCUUAAAGAGUGGGUCAUAGACGGGAGGAGAGACUUGGAGAAAAUCAUCUGGCCAACUAAGCCUGGAUAAGUGUUUUUUUUUUUUAAAUUCAGUCCCCGAAAGACAACUGUCGCCGAGCAGUUUUCCAGCGUGCAGGAACAACCAUGGAGGCCAUUGCCAAAUACGAUUUCAGAGCUACUGCUGAUGAUGAGCUUAGUUUCAAGCGUGGAGAUGUCCUCAAGGUAUUAAAUGAAGAGUGUGAUCAGAACUGGUACAAGGCAGAGCUAAACGGAAAAGACGGCUUCAUCCCCAAGAAUUACAUAGAGAUGAAAGCCCACCCGUGGUUCUUUGGGAAGAUUCCCCGGGCCAAAGCAGAGGAGAUGCUAAACAAACAGAGGCAUGAUGGGGCCUUCCUCAUCAGAGAGAGCGAGAGUGCACCAGGAGACUUCUCCCUCUCUGUGAAGUAUGGAAAUGAUGUCCAACACUUCAAGGUUCUUCGUGAUGGGGCUGGAAAGUAUUUUCUAUGGGUGGUGAAGUUUAACUCCCUGAAUGAGCUGGUAGACUACCACCGCUCCACCUCGGUCUCUCGCAAUCAGCAAAUCUUUCUGCGAGACAUAGAGCAGGUCACCCAGCAUCCCACAUAUGUGCAGGCGCUCUUCGACUUCGACCCGCAGGAGGAAGGAGAGCUGGGUUUCCGACGCGGCGACUUCAUCCAAGUCCUGGACAACUCCGACCCCAACUGGUGGAAAGGAGGCUGCCACGGCCAAACGGGCAUGUUCCCCCGCAACUACGUCACGCCUGUCAAUCGGAACAUGUAAACAGUCAGACCAUGUAUACAACAACAGGAACCACCACAACAGCCAACCAUCACCAUCAUCAUCGUCAUAAUCGUUCUUGAUCUCAUCAGCCCUCAUCCAAACCCCACCCACUGCCCCCCGCACCCCCCUCCCCUCCCCCCGCCCACACCCUUCUUGGCCAUCCCACGAAAACAGGAGCAGAUAGGAAGAACGCAAACAACUGAAAGAGAGUGAGAGAGAGAGAUAAAACAGGAGUAGUGCUGUCGUAGGCGGCGCUCUGUGGGUGGCAGCUGAGCAAAAUCAACUUUUACUUGUGCUGAGAUUGUUCACCUCCCCAGUGAACACCUCAGUGAGGAUUGAACUGUCUUUGAGGGAAAUCUAAAUGCAGAGAAACUAAAGAGUAGUGCACCAACCAUGAAGAUAACCAAAUGAUUCUACCGCUCCCACAGCUGCUUCUGUCUUCUCCUUAACUUCUUAACAUUCUGCCUUUCUUUUUUUUGCCGCAUGUUGUUUUAAUCACCUAAAUGAAAUGCCUACCGAUAAAUCCUAACCGUUUUAAAGGAAAAAAAGUUUUAAAAAAUACAAAAAAGAAGAAAUGGUUUUAAAAAUGUACAAAAAAGAAGAGAGAAAAAAAUGAUGCAAUCUACAGUACAGCAAGUUUCCAUGUCUAAGAUCAUUGGCACGUGAGCAUUGUACAUCAGCCACUGGCUGUAUAAAUAAAUCAACUAUAGAGAGAAUCCA